CUGAAUUCAUUAGAAAUAUUAAAAAUGAAGAUUCUCAUACUAUUGAUUGCAUUAAUUGCUUUCGGAAUGGCACAUCACAUUCAUGAAGAAGAUGGCAAUAUCAAAUUCAACGUUGACUUACAUGAAGAAUCACCUAUCGGCUUUGCAGUGAAAGGACAGAUCAACCCUGUUGAUGACACUCAGAAUAAGAUCGGAGCUUUCGUGAAACUCGCAAAUGAGUAUAUCCCAAUCUUGGAAAAUCUUUCCAAAAAUAAAGCUGUUCUCGAGUACCAACGUAGAUGGCAGAUCAACUUCAUCCCAGGAAUUGACAUCACUGUUUAUUGGUUCUUUGACCUUAUCGUUGGAUGGAUUGUCGAGCCUGGAGACGUUGCUGAGAACUUCUAUGAAGUAACCUAUACUCCUUUCGUCUGGGGAAGCACAUACGGUAGAACCAAUGGAACCACCUGGCCAGCUGCAGGAUAUUUCAGAAUUGGUGUUGAGUACGUCGACUUCAGAAUGCCAACUUCCUUCACUCUCUACAGAGACGGAAGAGUUUGCUUCGAUAGUUUCUAUACCGUCAAUCCUGUUCAUCUCAGCAGUCAAUUCGGAGGAGCUCUCAGAGAAUGCAAAGCUGAAAUCAUCGAUGAAGUUUUGAAUCAACAACCAAUUCACUUGGGAUGUGCAUACACUAACGAUAUUGAUGUUCAAUUCUUGGACGAAGACUUGACCAACAGAAUUGAGAGAGUCAUUCUUGGAGAGACCUGUAUUGGGUUCUAAACAUCUAAUUUUGUUUCAAUCAAGAUUUGUUCC